AUGCAGUUCUUCGCCGUCACCUUCACCGCCGCUCUCCUCUCCGCCCUGGCCGGCGCUGUCCCACUUCCCCAGGCCCCCUCAGGCGCCAUCCCCACUGGUGCCGCUCCCACUGAUAUCCCCACCGGUGCUGCUCCCAGCGGAGCAUUCCCCACCUUUGCCAUUCCCAGCGGUGGCUUCCCAUCCGGCGCCAUUCCCUCUGGCCCCGCCCCCACUGGGGCUUUCCCCACCGGCGUCUUCCCUACUGGUGGCUUCCCUUCCGGUGCUGUUCCUACCGCUAGCGGUGUCUUCGCGCCUCAGGCAUUCGGCACUGGAACUGGUGUCCCAAUUGCUACUAGCAUCCCAGUAGCUACUGGUGCCCCAAUCGUGGGGCUUUCUCGACUGGUGCUGUCCCGACUGGCACUACUGGAGGUGCUGCGCCAUCUGGUGGUCCUGGACACGGUGGUCACCACGGCGGACCUGGUGGACGUAACUAGAUUGUUGAAGAUUUGUUAG